AUGGCACGUACCCAAAAGAACAAAGCCACUAAUGCUCACUUGGGUAUGCUCAAAGCAAAACUGGCGAAGUUGCGCCAAGAACUGAUCACACCUAAAGGUGGUGGUGGAAGUACUGGUGAAGGAUUCGAUGUGGCCAAGACGGGAGAUGCUCGCAUUGGAUUCGUAGGUACGUUGACAUGGUUUUGCAAUUGCUUUCCGUUUCUUGAGGCUUUGCUCUUUGGUUAG